ACGCCGCCCGCGCCCAAUCCCAGCGCGCCGCGCUGAUGACUCAUCAGUCGCCGGGAAGACGCCUCGAAAAAAGGGCCCCAACUGCGCCCUCAGCCAAGCCCAGCGCGCCCCAAACCCCCCAAAACGGCGCCGCCCGGCUGGUUUUGGGCUGUCAGCAGCUGUCCGGCGCUGGGCAUGGAGCGUGUGCGGGGAGCUGGGGCCGUGCUGGCGGUGCUGGUGGUGCUGGGAGCCCCCCCGGCUGCGGGCGAGGAGCUGUCGGGGGUGUUCCAGUGGAUGGGAAAGGCCGAGUGUCACUUCAUCAACGGCACCGAGCGGGUGAGGUAUGUGGACAGGUACAUCUACAACCGGGAGCAGUACGCCCACUUCGACAGCGAUGUGGGGGUCUAUGUGGGGGACACCCCGUAUGGAGAAUUCUGGGCCAGGCAAUGGAACAGCAACCCCGUAAUUCUGGAGUACGAACGGGGUGAAGUGGACAGGCUCUGCCGGCACAACUACAAACUUGGUGCUCCUUUCAUCCUGGAGAGGAGAGUCCUUCCAAUGCCCCCUAGUCUCUCCUAG